GUAGUAGCGAAAGUGAGCGACGAGCAGCGAACGCAGAGCGAACAGCGAGCGCCGCGAGGCCGAGAGCCAGAACCAGAACCAGAGCAGUGAACGAGAGGAAACCCGUCACGCUCGCUCGUCACGCCUCUCAGCCCAUUCCAUCCCCUCCCCGCCCCGCCCCGCCCCUCCCCCUCCUCUGCGCGCGUCGGCCUUGCCCUCGCCCCGGCCCCUCGGGCCUGGCUGGCCUAGAGCCCUUCGUUGCCUUUUCUUCCCUGAAGUUGGCUUCUGCCGGGGCCGGUCCCCGUGGGUAUUCCGUCCAUGGAAGAGGACCUUCAUGCUCAUGCACACCACGGCGCUCAUGGCUCGGCCGAUGCCUCGCAACAGCACCACGCUCUCACGCUGUCGCUCCCCGGUAUCCAUUCGACUCCCACCUCGCGGUCGCUGAAGCUGAUUGGCGAUGGCAACGAGAAGCAUGGCCGCGAAGAUUGUUGGAGCGAAGGGGCCACGUUCACGCUCAUCGAAGCUUGGGGCGACCGUUACAUGGAGCUCAACCGGGGUAACCUGAAGCAGAAGCACUGGAAGGAUGUCGCCGAAGCCGUCAACAAUCGCGAGGAUGGGAAGACGCCGAAAACCGAUGUGCAAUGCAAGAACAGGUUAGACACAUUGAAGAAGAAGUAUAAGCUUGAAAAGAACAAGGUCGCCACUAGCGGAGCCGGUAGCAAAUGGGCCUUCUUCGAGAAGUUGGACGAAUUGAUUGGCACUUCAAGAAAACACAAGAAGUCGGCGAAAAGUCAGAAACGCAAGCGGGACAGGGUCGAUGACGGCGAGCCGAAGACCUUCAACAACGCCUCCACCAACACCAAGUCGAAGGAGAGUCCUGAUAUGACCGACAGUUGUCCCCACGCCACCACUCCGGGCCCGGAAGGAAAGAUUGUCAAGAAGAGGAAGCUUCAGGAUGGACCGUUCAAAGAUCUAGCUAGGGCAAUUAUCAAGUUCGGGGAAGUUUAUGAAAGGAUAGAGAGCGCCAAACAACAACAACUUGCCGACCUCGAGACCAAGCGGAUGGAAUUUACUAAGGAUUUGGAGCUGCAAAGAAUGCAACUAUUCAUGCAGACGCAGGUGGAACUAGCGAAAAUGAAACACGUCAAACACGGAAGCACUGAACACUACUUAUAAUAGGCGGCGUCUGUUCAUGUUCUUCUUUUCCGGCCUCUGUUCGAUGAGGCCGGGGAACCACUUCUAGAGAUCCCGAUGUGCAGCUUGUUGCAAUCUUGAUCUCGGGCGAGGCCGUGACAGCACCGUUUUCCGACGCCUUAAUUCGGUCGGACGCGAAGUCUACUCGUUACUGGCAGUGACCGUGCUGUCGAGGCCGGAAUUCCAAAACGCUACGGACAAUCUUCACAUGCUCUGGAACAAGCAUAGAAACUCCGGCGUGUACUGCUCUAAGACUGGCGAAUGCAGCUGUGAAGAUUGGCGACUGUGCUUUAGAGGUCUACUCGGCAUUCUUAGUGAUAGCGGAUUCUUCAAUUCUGUAAUCUGCUAUACACGCCUGAACAUUGAGGUGGCAAGUCCUUGAAGCACCGUGUGGAAGUGUUAAACCUUGUCACAGACACAGGUCCAACCACGUUGCUUCCAAAGUAAGCAAGUCGGGCUAUCUCCUUUGUAAAUCGAUACACUUCAGGUUACCAUGCCUAGAGCUCGAUUACUGUACACAUCGCCUCUUUUUUGAGAACUCGAAGCUGGUCAACCUCAGAAAGGUUGUUGGAACCUUAACAUUUUUUUGUACGAUCCACAUGUUUCGGACAAUGAUGAAAGGAAAUGAUUUUGACAGUCGACUCUGUCAUGUAGACAUGAAUUGAAAAAAGAUCAGGUCUUUUUUCUUUC